AUGCUGAUGCUACAAAAGACUCGGAUCGUCAAUUUACUAAAAUACUAUCCGGAAUUUAAAUCCAAAAUCCUAUCUCCUCUACUUUCUAAGAUCAACGCAUUGCUGAUAGCAGCGGAAAACUGGCGUGGCAUUGAUGGAGAUCUCUGGGCGCCCGCAAAUUCGACAAUAUUGCCCUGGGGUGGCCUUGGGAAUAAUAUGACUCUACCACCGCUAAAUGGUACCAAAAACUGGCAGAAUUCCACUCGCAAUAAUCUCCGCAAAAUCCUGGAAAAUGCGCUGGGGACGAAUUUCACGGAUGCGCAAUGGCAAAAUAUUUCCGGCCUGCUUAACGGUGGCUUCAGAAAGGGCGGAAAUCAGACGACUACCCAGAAACAACUCGAAAAGCUCGUUUCCGGCGGGAAGAUCGGGGAUUUGAAGCGGAUAUUCGGGGGCGGCGAUAUAAUGCAGAAUCUGAAGGAGGCGCUAGGAGUACAAGCGCAGGCAAACGGGAAUCAAAUGGGUGGGCUUGUCGAGCAGGCAUUAGAGGCGUUCAAGAAGCUACAAAAUGGCACGGUCGGGCAGGCGACGGCAGCAACUACAAAUACACAAAACAUAGCGAGCGGUGCGAUGAAUUCUCUGUUCGGCGGAAUGCAGCAAUGGCUUUCACAACUUCAAGGA